AUGCUGCUGCUGGCACUCUUGGCACUGCUGCUGGUCCCUGCCAGCUGCCCCAAGACUGAGCCACUGAGCGGGUCCAGCCAGGACCCCCUUUUCCGCGGGGCGGAUCGCUACGACUUCGCCAUCAUCGUCCCUGCCGGUGCCGUGGAGUGCUUCUGGCAGUUUGCGCACCAGAGCGGCAGCUUCUUCUUCAGCUACGAGGUCCAGCGGGCAACGGGAAUCGGCAACAACAGAAACAUCCUGGUCACAGCGAACGACCCCAGUGGCUUCCAGCUUGGUGCUUCCCAGAAUGUGCGAGGACAGAUCAACUUCCUCACCAAGGAGACAGGUUUCUACCAGUUGUGCCUGGACAACCAGCAAAGCCACUUUGGCUUCAUGCAGGUGUAUCUCAACUUUGGUGUCUACUACGAAGGCUUCAACAAUGAAAACAAGCAGCCGGAAGAGAGGAAAGAGCUGAACAACACCCUGGAGGCCAUCGAGGUCAGCAUCCGGAAGCUGCAGCUCCAGAUCUUCCACAUGUGGCGGUUCUACAAUUUUGCCCGGAUGCGGAAAGGGUCUGACUCCUUCCUCCUGGAGUCCAACUACAACUACGUCAACUGGUGGUCGAUGACUCAAAGCUGUGUCAUUGUCCUCUCUGGGGUUCUGCAGCUCUACUUCCUAAAGCGCCUCUUCAAUGUGCCGACCUCCAGCAGGCAGAAGUGCUAG